AUGAAGUCCACUAUCUUCUCCAUCCUCCCCAUUGCGGGCCUCGCUGCCGCCGAGUCGUACUGCUCUGUCCAGACUUACACUAAGACCGAGUACGAGACUGUGUAUGAGACUGCUACAGCCGCAAAGGUUGCAGAUGUCACGGCCACCAAGUCCAGCACCUGCUCAAGACCUACCGUCACUGCCACCACCUAUGAGAAGGUCUACGUCACUGUCACUGCACCUGGUUAUGGUUCAAUGCCUCCAAAGCCUUCGACCUCGACUAGCACCGUCGAAGACUACGUCACUGUGACUGUCCGCCCAUCAGCUUCGGAAUGUGCAGCCACCCCAUCCUCCGCUCCACUCGCCUCUGCAUCACCCUCCCCUUCCGAAGCUCCCCUCCCAAGUUUCCAAUUGGCGUCCAGCCCGGCAGCAAAGGCCACCUCUGAGAGCAAGACCCCAGUUGCGUAUCCCACUGCUGCCUCAUCCACUGUCUCUGCGGCUGCUGCGGCCGUUUCCCCCUCCGCCUCCGCCUCCGCCUCCCCAGCUCCCACAUCCUCUUCCGCAGGCUCCAAGCGCGGCGAGGCUACCUUCUAUGGCGGUAACCUCGAUGGUGGCAUGUGCUCCUUGACAGGAUACACGCUUCCCAGUGGUCUCUUCGGCACUGCGCUGACCGACUCUGACUGGGAUUCCGCCAACGCUUGCGGUACUUGCGUUAGCGUCACUGGUCCUUCUGGCGACAAGAUCACUGCCAUGGUUGUCGAUCAAUGCCCUGGGUGCGGUCCUCACCACCUCGACCUCUUCCCCGAUGCUUUCAAGAAGCUCGCUGAUCCCUCCAAGGGAAUAAUCCCCGUCUCUUGGGAGGUUGUUCCUUGCGGCAUCACCACCCCCAUUGUCCUCAAGAACAAGUCCGGUACCAGCGCCCACUGGUUCUCCAUGCAAGUCAUGAACUCCAACGUCCAGGUCACCUCUCUCGACGUCUCGACCGACGGCGGCAAGACCUGGAAGGGUACCAAGAGGCAGCCUUACAACUUCUUCGAGAACUCGGCUGGCUUCGGUACCGACUCCGUUGACGUCAAGAUCACCAGCUCCGGCGGUCAAUCUAUCAUCGUUAAGGGUGUCAGCGUUGCCGCUAACACCACAAAGACUUGCAGCAGCAACUUCGCUUAA